AUGAGCUAUAGUAGCCGGGGAUUUAAAUUUGCAAGACCACUAAGUUCCAGCUUCGGAAAGAAGAAACAGCUAAAUACAAAGUAUUCCACAUCUUCUGAAGGUAGAACACUUCCUCAUGCAAAUAUUGUGGGUGUUCACAAUUGUUUGGGUGCAAUUCGGCACAAAGCCCCACAAAAAUCCUUCGAGGAGGACACAUGGAAAUUAUCCGGCAAACAACCUAGAAAAACAUCUAGAGACAACGGUUUUUUCGAUACUAUUCGAAGAGGUGCUAAAGUCGAAACAAAAUUCUUGAAGUUUUUUGCACCCCGCCCAACUGUUGGGAUACGGCCAGAAUCAGCAACCUUAAGGGUAAUAGACAGCCCCACGUUUGGAAUAAACCUAGAAACGCAGGAAAGGCAGCCCUCCGAAAUUUCAUCCUUUGACAUCGGUGCUUGCCAUCAGCGUUGCAAUGCUCCGUACCAUUCUGUCCUUCCGCGACACGAAUCUCUCAGAAAUAGAGUGCUGAGAAGCAUAAAGAGAAGGUUUGUGAAUUUGAAGAGGAGUAAAGGUAAGGAAGUCGAAAUGGAGAGGCAGUUACAGUUACGCAAAAUACAGCAGGAGUACCCAUUUGGUGCGUACAAGUAUCAAACUCGUACAAGCAGACCUAUCGAAACUCACGAACAAGAAUUUAAAUUCUAA